AUGUACACCCUUACACCCUUGUUAAAUUCCGUCAAAUGCUCUUACGGGGAGCCGGGCCAAGGACAGUAUCACAUUCAAACGGAUGAGGGUCCUGAACGAUAUUUUCGUUUUCAAACAGAUAAUGGACAGUUUCGUAAAGAAAAACGACUACAAGAUGGCACUGUCAUAGGCACAGAAGCUUGGAUCGAUGCAGCCGGUUUUCUUAGGCAAAAAGAUUAUAUAGCUGAUAGUAAAGGCUAUCGAAUUUUAAAAUCAAAAACAAUAUUUGUGGGUCAUGGCAGGCAAAUUGAGGAUGCCAUUAAAGCAACAAAAAAAUUGCCUGCCCAGUCCGGAAUAUUGGUUAAUGGUAAUAACGGAAUUAAUACAAUAAGUAACAAUGUGUUGCCUCCAGGUGAAGUAAAAGCGGAAAAAAAAUAUUUCUAUCAGACUACAACAAAUGAUGCUAAUAGCUAUAGUACUCCCGCAUCAACAGCUGUUCCUGGAAAACUUAAUUACCUUUCACCAGCAGAAGCUGCAAAACUCGAACCUACCAAUUACUUAGGUUUCGAUCACUAUCCACAUGAACUCUCGCCUUCAGUGAAAUAUGAGACAGAAAAACAACCAACAGUACACAUACAUCCAAAUUCUCAACCCAUAGAAGACACUCUUAAUAGUCUCAACUCAGUUGAAUAUCCGCAUUUAGGUAGUGUAAGUACGACGACUGAACGCCCAACCGCUGCUGCCUUACCCAUACCAGCACUGCCUUCGGUGCUUAUAGAACCACCACUUCCAAUCAAUACUCAACAUCAACGCAUUAGACCAAUAGCAAUUGCUUCAACAACGCCUGCACCUAUAGCAGCACAUGAUUCUGAUUAUGGAAAUAAUGCGUACAGUUACUCAACACCCAGGCCAUUUAUGCGUAUCUCCACCACUGCCAAACCAACGAAUGAUGGUUAUCAAUAUUCACCUAAUUCUAGUCCAAAAUAUAUUAACUACAAUAAUUAUCCAACAUCAACAGCACGUCCGUUUAGCUCAUAUGCCAUACCCAUCGAUGCGAAUAACUUGGAUGGCGGAUUAUUACCACCAAUUGAUCCAGCUCAUCAGCGUCGCCGGUUACGUCCACAAAGUAUGAGCUAUGCAGCGCCACAAACUUUAGAAUAUGACGGUGUCAGCACGACUCAAAAUGGUUUUCGAUAUAUCUUGCCACAUCAGUAUCACGAAGAAGAACGAUUUGAUAGUGGAAGAAAACAAGCGGGUAGCUUUGGAUACGUCGAUCCAUUCGGUAUUCGACGUGUGGUGUACUAUAACGCCUCACCGGAACGCGGAUUUGUACAUCGUAAUAAUAAUCAAUAUGUGGGUUUAGGGGGCACACCGUAUGAUCCUCCACUUGGUACAAUAAAUUACGAAUAAAAUACGAAACGAUUUGAAGCUUUAACUGCACAAACGCACACUUACUUCAUAGUCAUUCACACACUGCCGCAAGCCCAUUUUUAAUUAGUUAAUCUCAUUCCAAGACCACAAACGCGAAAUGGCACAACUGUGAUGAGUCUUUGAGAUCAUCAUUGACCACUUUAAUGAAUCUAACACUACUCACUUCAACUCACUGCACACGCACCAAGGAUGGAGUAAAAAUAGAAAGGAAGUUGCGAUUAAUCUUGGGAAGCUUGGUAACCGAAAGCAUCUCAUUAAUCUAUGGAAUCUCUAUCUAUGACGUCUAAUUCUCGUUAACACACUAGCUUAUAUUAUUGCGGACUUUUGGUUUAUUUUCAUUUCAUACACUUCUGUCCUGAAUAAUUUUCUUAUUCAUAAAAAAUUUUAUUUAGCUUAGUUUAUUUAUAUGUAAUUUAUUUGUAUGUGAUGAGAAAGUGGUAACAGAAUGGAGACAGAAGAAGAGUUAUCAAUCAUUUCAAACCACUGGAAAAACUUUAUAUUUCUCAAAAGAAAAGCGAAAAAAAGAGAAAGAGAACGAAUAAAAAAGAGCAAGCGACAAUGCGAGUUGUAGCUUUCAUUUUCAUGUAUUAAUCUUGCCAUAUUAACAAAAAUUUAUUAACAUAAAUAAAGUAUUUAAAAACAUUUAUUCAUUAAUUAACAUA